UCGUCUCUCCCGCCAACACCAACGCUCUCCUCUUCUUCCCUCCGACUCUGGGCUCCCCCGUUUCCUCCUCUCUUUCUCUCUCUGUUCCUGAUGACACCGUACGCGGUGGCGCCGCUGGCCUCCCUUCCCACCGCCUCUCUCCGCUGCCUCUUCUUCGCUUCUUCACUUCGUCUUCCUCACCUUCGAUCUCCCAGAUCCCAUUCUAAUAGAACUCCAACCCCCUCCUUCUCCACUGCUCCCCGCCGCUGCCCUCCCUCCGCCGCUUCCGCCGUCGACUCUCCCGCGCCCUUCCCCUCCAAUCAGGCCUCCAGAUUCCAGCAGUGGGACUCGAUGACCGCCAAGUUCGCGGGCGCGUCCAACGUCCCUUUCCUCCUCAUCCAGCUCCCCCAGAUCCUCCUCAACUCCCGCAACCUCGUCGCCGGCAACAAGGCCGCCCUUUUCGCCCUCCCCUGGCUCGGGAUGCUCACUGGCCUGCUGGGGAACCUGACGCUGCUGUCCUACUUCGCUAAGAAGAAGGAGACCGAGGCCAUCGUGGUGCAGACUCUGGGUGUCGUCUCCAUCUACGUCGUCAUAGCGCAGCUAGCCACGGCCGGGGCCGUGCCGCUGCCCCACUUCACGGCGCUCUCGGCCGUAGUGGCGUCUGGACUCGUCUUGAACUUUAUGAACUACUUUAACUGGAUUGGCGAGGGAGUGUGGCUGCUUUGGGAGGAUUUCAUCACCAUCACCGGGCUCUCUGUUCUUCCUCAGGUCAUGUGGUCGACAUUUGUUCCGUUCGUCCCGAACAGCAUUUUGCCAGGAACUAUCUCUUGCAUCAUGGCAGUUGCGGCUGUCAUCAUGGCACGAACUGGAAAACUUUCUGAGAAGGGAGUGAAAUUCAUAAGAUCGGUAUCUGGAUGGACUGCCACUCUACUGUUCAUGUGGAUGCCCAUUGCCCAGAUGUGGACAAGCUAUCUCAAUCCAGAUAACAUUAAAGGCUUAUCAGCUUUCACAUUAUUGCUUGGCAUGAUUGGAAAUGGUCUUAUGGUCCCGCGGGCACUAUUUAUUCGGGAUCUGAUGUGGUUCACUGGUGCAUCUUGGGCAUCAUUUCUGCAUGGGUGGGGGAAUUUGGCUUGGAUGUACUGUUUCAACAGUAUUAGCAGGGAAUUUUUCUUGGCAGCAACGCUGGGUUUGUUCAUAUGGAUAGGAAUUGCUCUGUGGAGAGACACCAUAGCCUACGGGUACAGUUCACCAUUGAAAUCCUUAAAGGAACUAGUUUUUGGAUGAUAACGUGCAUGGACUGGCGUUUGCUUCCACCAAUCCCAUGGUUCGUGAACUACCAGAGCUUGUUGUUCUGCUGCUCCCAACAAGAUCGAACCACCUCUUGCCCAUUAUUUUUGGUGACAAACAGGUGCAUGCUAUCAUUGUUGUGGUCCAAUUGUUGAUUCCUGGGGAGCUGCAUAGGGCCAAUGUAAUGUAGAAAUUCCACAAAAUGAAUGGAUUUGUUAACAGGCCCUGCUCGAUAUGGCAGUCAGCUACCAGUAAUAGCUCUCUUCUGUCCUCCAUAUAAGUUGUAAAUGUGCCUGAUGACGAUACCGUAUCACAUAUAAAAUAACAAUGUUACCAUUUAUCAGUUUGGCUUACUGUUUA